AUGGGUAGUACCUCUACAACGACAAUGGCUGGCCAAGCCGACGGAACAACAGAUGGAAUAAUCAAGACGGAGUUUCUCGUUGUCGGCGCAGGGCCAGCUGGUGCUGCUCUGGCCUGCUUCCUCGCAUCGUAUGACCUCCAGGGAAUCAUGAUCAGUGCUGCUCCGGGGACAGCUCACACCCCGCGAGCUCACAUCACCAACUUGGCCGCUCUGGAGUGUUUGCGUGAUAUUGGUCUGGACAAGGAAGUCAACAAGGUUGCCAGCAGUGGCGAGCGGCAUAUGCUUCACACACGUUGGUGCUACAGCAUGGCGGGCGAGGAGUUUGCGCGUAUCUAUUCCUGGGGAAAUGAUCCCAGAAGAAAGGGCGACUAUCAAAUGGCCAGCCCGUGCUCUCCCGUGGAUCUCCCGCAAACGCUGCUCGAGCCCAUUCUCGUCCGGCAUGCAACCUGGCAAGGAUUCACCACGCGAUUCGAUACCACGCUCCUGUCCUUCAAGGAGGAAGGGAAAUAUAUCACCGCCUCCGUCCGGGACAAUCUAUCUCACGCGGAGUACCUCAUCCGGACCAAGUUCCUGUUCGGCGCAGACGGGGCACGCAGCCAGAUCGUCCGGCAGCUUAACCUGCCGCUUUCCGUGCAGCCUGGCCAGGGGGUAGCCAUCAACGUGCUGGUCAAGGCGGAUCUGACCCAUUUGAUGGCAUAUCGAGAGGGGAAUCUGCACUGGGUGAUGCAGCCGGACCGCGAGCACCCGAGCUUCGGCUGGAUGGGAAUUGUCCGGAUGGUGAAGCCGUGGAACGAGUGGAUGUUCAUCUUGUUCCCAGAGAAGGGUCACAGCCCCAAGACACCUGUCUCGCGCGAGGAGUAUCUGCGGCGAGUCCGCGACUUCAUCGGUGAUGACACUCCAGCUGAGAUCCUCGACGUGUCCACAUGGUAUAUAAACGAGAUCGUGGCGGAGAGGUAUUCUCAAGGCAAGAUAUUCUGCCUCGGCGACGCAGUCCACCGCCACCCACCCCUCAACGGCCUGGGCUCUAAUACCUGCAUCCAGGACGCCUUCAACCUCGCCUGGAAGAUCGCCUACGUCCACCGCGGACUAGCCGCCCCGUCUUUACUGGAAACAUACUCCACCGAGCGCCAGCCCGUCGGCCACAGCAUCGUCACACGCGCCAACCAGGCACUCCGCGACCACCACGGCAUCUGGUCCGCCCUCGGCAUGUUAGAAAACGACGUCGAGGCCCGUUGCAAGGCACUCCACGAGCUCAGGCAACCCACCGCGGCGGGGCAGCAGCGGCGCCGGACCCUCCGCGAGGCAGUCACACUCACCAGCCACGAGUUCCACGGGUUGGGUGUUGAGAUGAACCAGCGGUACGCCGGGAUGGGCGUCUACGACGCGGACGAAGUGCAGUCCUACCGUCUCCCCGGCCGUGCGGCAGAGGACCCGGUUUUGUAUCACGAGCCGAGCACUUACCCUGGUUGUCGGCUGCCACAUGUCUGGCUCAACACGGCUGUGCCGGGCGAGUUGGUCUCGACGAUUGAUCUGGCUGGUCAUGGCGCGUUUGUGCUUUUCACGGGAAUUGGGGGUGGGAACUGGAAGCAGGCGGCCAGGCAUGUGGCAGACAGGCUCAGUGUGCCGAUGCGGAGCUACUCGAUUGGGUUCCGGCAGGACUGGGAGGACGUCUACUUUGAGUGGGAGCGUGUUAGGGAGGUGAAAGAGACGGGGGCCGUGCUUGUGCGACCAGAUAGGUAUGUGGCCUGGAGAGCAGUAGGGAGCUUGGGGGGCGUGGAAGCUUGUGAACGGAAACUUGAGGGCGUGAUGAGAGCGAUUCUCGGUCUAGACACUUGA